GGGGAAAGCCGUAUGUAAUACCCAUGAGACUAACUCUUCGAACGUCGGUUAAGGUAGUACCCCGAAUUUCUCCGGAAACAAUGGGAGCGCUCCGCAUGGUCUCCUGGAGUGCACCGGUGGACGGAGGCCAAUCAUCGAAUGAUGAGGGGAGCGACGAUGAUGACGAUCUAGUUGUUACACGGUUAGUACGACAGCGGAUUCACUACCCGUCGCCUCGCACCAUUGCGCGUACCAUGCAUCUAACCACACGGAAUGCUCAUAUGAUGAUCAUGGGAGAACCCCUCGCGUGGCGGACGGAAGUAGAGGGGGACCUUCUCAGUUUUCUAUUCGGGUCAGUGCGUCCCGGCUGUCGGAGGCUCCUCACCCAGGAGCUUACGGUUCCGAUUGCGCAGCUGGCCGACGAUCUUGACAUCAGCAUUGUCUCCCAGGUCGACCUGCGCUUGGUGCCCCACGUCACCUCGCGCACGCUGUCGCCGUACCUUCAGUGGUCAGCUUGCGUGGAGGGCUUCCCAUCGAGAAUUCCGCCUUCACGGUUGGAUUAUUUGGAUCCGCGCGACAUCGUGGAUCCCGCGUUCUACAGACCGCCAUACGCGGACGAAUUGGAGGAGAUAAUCUGCGAGGAGCUCGCGGAAGAAAGUUCGGAGGAAGAGGAGGAGAAUCCGAGCGAAGACGAAGGGGAGCCAGCACAGCAACAAGAAGGAGAAGAAGAUGAGCUCCUGCAAACGGAGAACGAAGAGGAAGAAGAAGAAGAAGACAGCGAGCAAGGGAGCGGUGACGACAACGAUGAGGAGCACGCCGACAAGGAUCCCCAGCUAGAAAUUGCGUCGGUUGCUGAUCUUCCGAUCAGCAACGAUCCAACGCUCGACCCGAAGCCACCUCAGCCAGGCGACGGCGAUGUGGCCCAGAUGGCUGGGCCGUCCACAUCGCAGAUGCGCUGCUCACGUGCUGAAGAGUGCGGCAUUGAGCCAUACAGCAUGCGCGCUGCAGGUGCCGCUGCCACUGGAGUGCAGCGGCGAAAGCGACCCCCCGCUGUGACGACCUGGCUGGCUGGGCCGGGGGCCCGGCCCUGUUUUUUGUGGGCGCUUUUUGCGGGGUUGUGCAUGGCUCUCAUGCGCACCGAGCGGGGAAGGGGGGGCAGGCCCCCGCCAGCCAUGUGGUCACAAUACCAGCAGUUCACCGCCAUCACGUUCUUGUCGGGAAAUCGGCUUCUGUUAGUCAGUCGUCUCCUACUACUGGAAUCCAAGCCGACCCCAGCGGUCAUGGAUUGGAGAAGCAGUGACCUUACUGGUGUCGUGGGGAGGAGUUUCAGCGCGAUGGCAGUGAAUUCGAAGUCGUGUCUGGGAGGAGGGACCUCCGCUGUGGAGGUCGAUGAUGGCUCGGGAAUGGGAGGAACGAAGAGGAAGAAGAGUAUGAGUGGGACAGACCCGUGGGAUUCCAACUGCCACGCAUACUGCCGAUUGAAACCGGCAGGACAAUCGGGCGGAGCGAAAUUUCAGUCAAGAUUUGACGACGAGGAUGAGAAGGGAAUCUUCCGGAUCCGCGAUCCGUCAAGCAAAGUGGUUCAGAGAUGGACACGUGGCUUCAUCUGUCUGGCUCUAGUGUCUGUCUACCUGGAUCCAUUCUUCUACCUCUUGCCGGCCGUCAAUCUGGACCUCGUGUGUAUUUAUACUCAAGAGUGGUUUGCAUGGUCUUUGACCGCCGCCCGAACUAUUCUGGACUGUGGGUAUUUCUUCCACAUGCUCUUUCAGUUCCGUAUCGCCUAUGUGAAACCGUGCUCGCGAGUCUUUGGACGUGGAGAACUUGUCACGGACCGCUGGGCUGUUGCAAUGCACUAUCUCAAGGGCAGCUUCAUUAUCGACUUGUUGGCAGUGUUGCCACUCCCUCAGAUUGUCUUGUGGUUUGUGAUUCCGCGUGUCCUUGGUAAUCCUGCAAACAGGUUGAAGAAUAUCCUAAGGAUACUGGUGCUUUUCCAGUACAUCCCCCGUCUUUACUGCAUUGUGCACCUGGCUGGAAAGCUGCGAAGCUCAUCUGGAACCGUAUUUGAACACACAUGGGCUGGAAUAGGAGUGAAUCUGCUGGCGCUUCUUCUUGCAAGCCAUAUUGCAGGUGCGUCAUGGUACAUGUUGAGUGUGGAGCGGAUGGACACCUGUUGGCGUCAGCACUGCAAACUCCCGGCGUGUAAUGUCAAAAACCUGGACUGUUUGCAGCAGACCAGAAGUGCAGGGAUAGAACUCACGGUGGCAAAAGAUAGUUGCCAUGCAGGCUCAGACGAGUUCAAUUUCGGAAUAUAUGAAGAAGCCAUUGAAACCAUUAUGCAUGGGCUGUUGUUGGAGAAGUAUGUCUACUCCCUCUGGUGGGGACUCCGCAAUGUCAGCUCGGUUGGAUCGAAUCUUGUUACGAGUGCAUACAUUGGAGAGAUCCUUUUCUGCAUCACCAUCUCAGUUAUUGGCCUUAUGAUUUUCACUCUGCUUGUUGCAAAUAUGCAGACAUAUUGGAUGUCUCUGACAACCAGGUUGGAGGAGAUGAGGACAAGCAGAAGAGACACGGAGUACUGGAUGCGACAUCGCCGACUGCCGAAGGACCUUCGUGAGCGCGUGAGGCGGUACGAGUCGUUCAAGUGGGCCGCCACAAGGGGUGUGAAUGAGGGGCUGUUGCUCGAGAAAUUACCAUGGGAUCUGCGGCGAGAUAUCAAACGGCAUCUUGCUAUUGAUCUUAUUCGGAAGGUCCCCCUGUUUGAGAAAAUGGACAGCAACUUGCAAGACGCGAUAUGUUUGUGUCUGCAACAAGCUAUGUUUGUUGAAGGGACGGUAUUGAUUCGAGAGGACGACCCUGUGCAGUCCAUGGUUUUCGUCAUCAAGGGUAGAAUGGAGAGCUCUACAACGAAUGGUGGCCGGACAGGUUUUCUGAAUACCAGACAAUUACGGGCUGGCGAUUUCUGUGGUGAAGAGCUGCUGACGUGGGCGCUCGAGCCGAAGAGCCAGCAUGACAGCUUGCCGAAGUCCUCCCGGCGGGUGGUCAUUUUGGAUGAAGUGGAGGCGUUUUCGCUGAGCGCUGACGACCUCAAAUAUGUUGCGAGCCAGUUCCGCCGUUUGCACUCGAAAGAGAUCCAGCACACCCUACGAUGUUAUUCUCAGCAAUGGCAGAUGUGGGCGGCGUGCACAAUCCAGGCGGCAUGGAGACGGAAGAAGAAGCGCGAACAGAAGCAUAGGGAAGCGCUGAGGGAAGCGAAACGGGCCGCGGGUAUACUUCUCGACCCCGAGGAUGACUCAGGGUCAAUGGCGCUACCGAUGAAUGUUGCACGGGUUGCAAGAGGGUUGACAUUGACAUCUUCAUCAGCCACCCUUAUGUACGAUUCGGCCGCACAGUCCAGAGGGAACAGCAGAACUAGCAGAAGCUUGGAAGGCAUCAACGAGGAAGAACCUAUUAUAACCGAUCCCGAUACCGUGAAUCCGAAAGGCACACGAUUGCGACGCGGAAGGCGAAAAGGGUUUGAUAAAUUUGAUUUGAAUUCAAUGCGGUUGGCGGCGUGGUUGCAGAUCAGCGUCGACUUUGUUGCCAGAGGUGGUAACGUAUUGGAAAUCUGGACCAGAUCUGGUAAGGAGGUCUGUGAUAUCGACAACAUAAAGUUCUACGUCAGGCUGACGAAGCAAGUGGGGGAACUGGGGAAUUCAAAGCCGUGUCGGAGAGGAGGUACCUCCACUGUGGGGGCGGAUGAUGGGAUGGAGAUGGUUGGAGCGAAAGGGAAGAAGAGUACUAGUGGAACAGAUGCGAGGGACUCCAGUGGGCAUGGAUACUUACAAUUAAAACUGACGGGACAAACAGGGCUAGCAAGGUGUUGCUCAUCAAGAUUUGACAAUGAGGAGGAGAAGGGAAUCUUCCGGAUGCGUGAUCCAUCCAGCAAAGUGGUUCAGAGAUGGACACGAGGCUUCAUCUGUCUCGCACUGGUCUCUGUGUACCUGGAUCCGUUCUUCUACCUCUUGCCAGCCGUCAAUCUCGGCGCCGUGUGUAUUUAUACUCAAAUGUGGUUUGCAUUGUCUUUGACCGCCGCGCGGACUAUCUUGGACUGUGCCUACUUCUUCCACAUGCUCUUUCAGUUCCGAAUCGCCUAUGUGAAACCGUGCUCACGAGUUUUUGGACGGGGAGAGCUUGUCACGGACCGUUGGGCGGUGGCGAUUCACUAUCUCAAGGGAAGCUUCAUAAUCGACUUGUUGGCAGUCUUGCCAGUUCCUCAGAUUGUAUUGUGGUUUGUUAUUCCACGUGUCGUCGGCAAUCCCGCAAACAAGUUGAAGAAUAUCCUAAGGAUUAUGGUGCUUUUCCAGUACAUCCCCCGACUUUACUGCAUUGUGCACCUGGCUGGAAAGCUGCGAAGCUCGUCUGGGGCAGUAUUUGAACACGCAUGGGCCGGAAUAGGAGUGAAUCUGCUGGUGCUCCUGCUUGUAAGCCAUAUUGCAGGUGCGGCGUGGUACAUGUUGAGUGUGGAGCGGGUCGAUACCUGUUGGCGUCAGCACUGCAAACCCCCAGAAUGCAAUGUCAAAAACCUGGACUGUUUGCAGCAGGCCAAAGAUGCAUAUGCCGAACUCAAAGUCGCAAGAGAUAGUUGCCAGCCAGGCUCAGAGGAUCUCAGUUUCAAUUUUGGAAUUUAUGAGGAAGCAAUUGGUACAAUAAUGCAUGGGGCGUUGCUGGAGAAGUAUAUCUACUCCCUCUGGUGGGGAGUUCGCAAUGUCAGAUAUGAGGCGGCAAUGAUCACCUCUUCUUCUAGAAACGUCCUUUUUGCCCUUACCCACAUUGGCACCAUCCUUAACCAAGUGUUGAGUGCCUCAUCCUUCUCAUCUCCUGAGAAGCUCAUCGGAACGAGGCAUGGGGUAGUUGUUCUUAACCGUGUAGCGGUUGAGACCGCGAUAUUUGAUGCAGAGACGGAGAGUUUCAUCCGCUCUGCGAGCAAAGAGGACGGGUGCACCCCACGGGGAGUUGCUGGGUUUAAUGAAACCCAGUCUCAGGAGCUCCUCAAGCUGACGCUUGAGUUCGGUGGCCUCGGGGAUCGAGAGUCUCUAGGGUGCCCGGUGGUGAACACGAUAGUCAGGCACAAGCUGAAUGGAGUGCUCGACGUCAGGCAUCGGUGGGAUGCCGGCGUACGAGAACGACGAUGGGAAAACGUCGUGGCACUCUCGGAUGAGGUCACGAACUGCGGGCUCCAGGUCAGCCGUAUAUCGUGCGAGUUCCUCAGCGUCAGCGUCCGCGUGCGACGGCGGGGUGGACUCGACGGACGGCGGAGGGACGGAAGUAGAGAUAGGAGCCAUGGAGAUAGGAGGAGGAUUUGGCUCCAGAGGGAUGAGCUCGGCGUCGGGACAGGGUGGAUCAUAGUGCAAGUGAUCCGUCACGUUCACCAUAAAGAAGGUGACGUCGUCCUGUUGGAUGAAGUGGGCGAACUGCCGAGGCGAGGUGACAGUGAUAGAGGGAGGUGGUGUGGGCACGGAAGGCUCCGGGGGAGGAGGAUCGGGGCAUGGUGUCGCGGUGGUACCUAUGAAAGGUACGCGAUACGUCUGAGACACUUCGUUUUGAGAACGAGAGUGUUCGUCGCCCAAUCGGCCUCGGUGGUGCGGAACCGACGAGACCACGGGGUGCCGAGAAUGAAGUCGUACCCCGUCUUCAUCACAUCGAAAUGUGCAGAGGAGCGGUGGCGACGAGACGCCGGGGAACGAUCAAUCGGCUCGAGAGUGAGGAAGAAAGGGAGGUCGGUGACCGUCUGAUCAAAGAAGCGCUGGGUCUUCUCAUCCCCUAAGGUAACGGAGAUGGGAGUCGGAGACCCUGUCGUGGGUAAGCGAGUUUCUUUCACCACGCGUGGGUGAAUGAAGUCGCCCUGAGAAC